UUGCUGUGGCUGCACGCGACCCCUCGGCUGUCCGGUCAGCGCGUGACACCACUUCUCGGGGUUCGCGGUUGGCGACACGUCAGUGACGACACACGACUGACAGCCUCAGCGGCCUCGACCGAUUCCCGCUAUCUUUGCGUACGCGAUAAUCGUUGAAAUAACGGAUUAUCUGCAUCUCUCCUCGGCUGACCGGGAGCCGCCAUGGAAUGCCGUGUGCUGUCCAUACAGAGCCAUGUAGUCCGGGGAUACGUGGGCAACAAGAGCGCCUCUUUCCCCUUACAGGUUUUAGGGUUUGAGGUGGACUCCAUUAACUCUGUCCAGUUCUCCAACCAUACCGGUUACUCCCAUUGGAAAGGCCAGGUGUUGACAGCAGACGAGCUCCAUGUUCUUUAUGAAGGCAUCAAACUGAACAACGUACACCACUAUGACUAUGUUUUAACAGGGUAUACCAGAGACACAUCCUUCUUGGAGAUGGUGGUGGACAUUGUUCAGGAGUUAAAGAGAGCCAACCCCAACCUGGUGUAUGUAUGUGACCCCGUCCUCGGUGAUCAUGGAUCUAUGUACGUUCCGCAGAAUCUUUAUCCGGUCUAUAAGAACAAGGUGGUUCCUGUUGCUGACAUUAUUACUCCAAACCAGUUUGAGGCUGAAUUAUUGACAGGGAAAAACAUCAGCACAGAGAAAGAUGCUGUAGAGGUAAUGGACCUUCUCCAUGCUAUGGGCCCAGACACAGUGGUCAUCACCUCCUCUGAUCUGCCCUCCAGACUGGGAGACCGCUUCCUGGUGUCGCUGGGCAGCCAGCGUCACGUUCGUCCAGACGGCACAAGGACAACACAGAGAGUUCGAAUAGAAGUUCCCAAAGUGGAUGCCGUCUUCGUAGGAACCGGAGAUUUGUUUGCUGCUAUGCUGCUAGCGUGGACACACCACCACCCUAAUGACCUAAAGACGGCAUGUGAGAAGACUUUUUCAGUGAUGCACCACGUUAUCCAGAGGACCAUAUCUUAUGCUCACGAGUUAGCAGGUCCUGGUCGGAGGCCCAGUCCGCCCCAGCUGGAGCUGAGGAUGGUUCAAAGUAAAGCUGACAUAGAAGACCCUGCUAUAGUUACGGAGGCCACGGUCAUAUCCUAACAUUACCGACCCAUAAGACUCAUACUAACCUUGUUCUCUUCACCCAUAAAUAUCUCAACUCCUGUAUCUUGGUAAAUCUCUCAUCACUGUAAACCUUGAAUGUCAUCUCCUAACUUCAGCACCUCAUAAUCCAGACUCCUUAAACCCCUUAGUAUCGUAAUCCCUUUAGUCCCUACAACCUAAACCCUUUACCCUUUUAACUCCUCAGUGUCCUAACCCCUUAAACCGAACCCUUAACCCGUAACUCCUAUGACCCUUGACCCUAACCGUGUUUUGGAUCCAGAGCCAUGGAUAGACAGAAGGUUUUGGUGUGGUUGGACUGUGGCGGACUCUUGCUGCCUCUUCUCGGCUGCUCUAUGGAAAGCUUUAGGGUUUAAGUGUUAUUUUUCACUUCAAGAUUGCUCUGAUAUAACUUAAUUGCACAAAUAUGUUGUAUACGAAGGAUUUAAAAAAAAAAAAAAAAAAACACACAAGGCUCAUUAUCACAAUUGAGAAAUUGUUUUUGGAGCUGUUAAUUCAGAAUUGAGUAAAUGUGGGGUAGGUGUUUGUCCUUGGACCUUAGAGCAGUUAUAGUCAUUACGCUAUUGAUUUUCUGUAACUCUAUCGUGGGGAGUGGAAAGUUGGGAGUGAAUACAGAAAAUUUUAGCAGGGAGCAAGAAUGAAGAAGUCAAUUGAGAGGAGGAGCUGCUGUCAGAAGUAUUUUUUCCCACUGUGAAUUCACAUUUGAAAAUAUCUAUCGGCACUCGCUGUUAUAACACUUCUUACAAAACAGGGAAACUUCCUGGAUUAUUUCACAAUUCUAUACACACACGCACGCACACACAAUACUACAACCAAAAACUGAUCCAAAAUCGAAAGUGAAUCCCAGCUACUGAAUGUUACAGCAUCUAAAAAGUUCUCCAAAACUCUACCUCUAAAUUACUACAGAUAAACCUGCCUACUUCAUUGCUCUAUUACUGCCAGGCCACUCAACUCAAUACUCUGUGUAAUUUUGACAGCGUUGCACUCUGGCGAUGGUCCUCCACACCGGCUGCCAAGUAGCGAGACUGCCACUGUAAAGCUGUAAUGAUCAAACACCGUUUAUCUAUGGCUCUGCCCACCACUAUUUCGACCCCCUCCCCGUCUUACAGCAGUGAUGUAAUGGUGACCAAGUCUAACCCCCCAGACCCCUUGACAAUAAUAACAAAGGUUAAAAAAAAAAAAAACGCACAAUGUAUAGUUGAUGUAUAGAUGUUGUACUAUAACUGUAUUGGACCAUCUGUAUGAUAUCUUCUAUCUGAUCUGUCUCUUGGACCAUUGUGUUGAUGCUACUGUACUAUAGACCACACACACACUAAAAUAUCACCCAAAAAAGUGAUAUCUGGGAUGGUUCUGGCACUCUGGGAGGCUCCAGUGGCUCCAGCCCUUGUCCCUUGGUAGUAAUAGGUAACUGUCUAAUAGUCAUAGUAUAUAAUUGAAACUCUUUCAUCCCAACAUAAAGAAGAAUGGGCGACCCUAGCUGUCUGAGCUCCCCUUGGCCGAUUUUAUUUACGUUAGACCAAUCAGAAAUCGGCUGCCCCAGUGCCAGAACCAACCCACAUCAUGCCGGGUGGUUCCCGGCCCAGCUCUGGCCCAGAACCCUAUAUCUGAGAGUUGUGCCACUGAUUUUACCGGAGGCCUCAAGAAGUUGUAGAAGGAGCCUACCCUCGUCACAGCAGGAGACUGCCCCCAUGUCCAGAAGCAGCUCUGCAAACCUUUGUCUUAGAAAAUAUAUUUUUGGUUCACUUCACACUCCGCUCUGGUCACAAAAACAGAAAUGAUGCCAGUAGGUCGAGUUUUAAUACAAUGGCAGGAGUUACAUUUUUUAAUUAAAGCAUUAAGGAUGGUACUGUACUAUCUGGGUAAAAUGACGCCUGUUUUGAAAUGACUUCUGCCCUGUUCGCCAAGCACAGAAUAUCCGUGAUUGUCUUCUUCAGCUGAUGACUAUUUUUUUAUCACCUAAUCUGUCUAUUACUUUUUUCAAUGAGAUUAUCACUUUGUCUAUAAAACUGCAAAAAUUUGUGAAAAAUUACCCUCACUUUUUCCCCGAGCCCGAAGUGACCUCUUCGAAUCGCACGUUUGUCCCAACAAAUAGUCCCAAACCCAAAGAUUCACAGUGAUACAAAGCAGCAAAUCCUCACAUUUGAGAACGUAGAACCAACAAAUGCUUUACAUUUUGCAUAAUAAUAAUAUCUAAUAUCAUAAUAGCCACAGUACUAUUUGAGAGGACUAGUAGAUGCUUGAAAGUACCGUUGCGAUACUGUUUAAAGCACAUAGAUCACAUAUUUGUGAUCUAACCUAUCCUGUUAGCUCAGAACCUUUUUUUUUUUAAUACUGUAACCAAAGUUUUGAUUUCAGGAAAUCAAACCUUACACACAGCUGCCACGAACACUUAAAAAUCAGGACCAUCAACACGUCAAUUCCACAAUCUGGUCACCCAGUUGCUAACCAGCCACUAAACUAGCUAACUUGCGACCUCGGAACAGUCGCGUUGUCUCCCCCAGUGUUGGCAGCUGAUUUGAUACUGCACAGUCAAUCUAAAGUCUUCAGUUACGCUACGACGAGAUGCUGGUCAUAAAAGUCUUGUGGUUGCACUGGUAAUGAAUUCUAAAUGACCGUCAUAUUCUGUUUUUCGCGGUGGAGUGUGAUGGGAAAAGAGGUGAUGAGAACAUGACGUGCGGCAGUGGUAAUGAGCUGGUUUCAAACCAAUGAUGUCGCGAGAACUUGGCAUGUGCCUUAGCCCGCUGAGCUACCAGGGCACCACAGGAAAUGAGAUUUUAAUGAGAUUUUAACAUUUUUAAGUUGCCUCAGAAUCUUUUUUUCCCCUCGUUGCUUCCUGAUUUGAAUGUCCAGUAAUGUUUUAAGUACGGGAAACGGCAACAAUUUCAGCCAACUUUGCUUGGCAGCAACAUACAGUGUUGGAAACCAAAUAACCCGAGGCUUUAAAAAGGCAAAAGAACAAAUUCAAAUGCCGUCAGUGUCCCACCUGAGCUGGAUGUAAGGUUCUGGGCAGGCCAGUGUAAUUCUGUACUGCUGUUGUUUCUCUAUGAACUGUACUGUGAUACUGCCUUAGGAACCUAACAUCAUAACACCACCAUACUGCUCACUGAGGGAGAGGUGGAGAGGGAGGAGGAGGGGGAGGGAAGGAAACAAGAGAUGUCUUAAAUGUACGUCCUUUAGACUACACAUUUCUGUACUGCAUUGCGUCUGAAAGGAGCAAAAAAAAGAGGUUUCACAUGCUUAGAUUUCUGUUUGAAUCUAUAAAAAUAUUUUUUAGGGCUGUGAGUAAUGAUUUUUUUCAUUAUCAAUUAAAAUGAUCUGAUUAUUCUUUCAAUUAACCAAUUAAUUGUUUGGUUUAUAAAUUGACAACUAACUGUUACAACUAACAUAUCAAAACCCAAAGAUAUUCAAUUUGCAGUGAUAUAAAACGCAAAGAAGAAGCAAAUCUUCACUUUUGAGGAGCUGGUACCAGCAAGUUUUCACCAACUUUGCUUGAUAAGUGACUUAAACGAUUAAUCAAAAUUGUCGUUAAUUUUCUCUAAUUGAUUUAUUAUUUGAGUUUGUUUUCUGCAUUUUAAACUUUAUUGACCAGAGACUCGGAGGUCAUCUGAAAACACCUCUCGGACUAAUGGUUGAGGGGGGAAAAAAAUGCAGUCUCAUUUUUAAAGUUGUAGUAGUUAAUAUUGAUUUGUACUAGUACAGUUACAUUGUGCCACUGUAGCACUGAUUGUCAUAUCAAUAGCAGACUGCUGUGUCUGUGCGCUUGGCCAACCGGCUUUCAAGUCUGCCACAAUCAACGUGUACUAUCCAAUCCUCUGCUUCCUGCUAACAGACCAGUCAGCCGUAUUAUUGGGUCAAAGUGUGUCUACCUGUCGUGCCCGUGCGUGUUGUGCGCGUGAGCGAGUGUAUGUCCGUGUGUGUACGCUGUGUAAACGUCCUUUAUGGUCACAGGGUUUCGUGUGUAUGUGUGCGCAUGUGAAAUGAAAAGCGGAAAUCCCUGAAAAGUAAAACCAACAAAGAGGAGAAGGAGGGUAAAAAAACAAAAAGAAAAGAGAGACAGGAAUAGUGUACACGAGGAGGGGAGGCGAGGUGUUGUAGGUGGUGUAUGUUCAAGAGGACAAUCACUCGAUGAUGUUAUGCAGUGUUGCACUGCUCCCUUUUCCCUUAUCUGCUAAACAAAUAGAGGACUGUUUUUGUUCUGGACUUCCUGAAAGGGGGACUUUCCUUGAUGCCUCACAUCUCCUCUUUCUCGUCUUCCCCUUCCACCCAUCCGCAUCCCACUUGCCUCCCUGCGGUGCCAGUCGUUGUGUCUGUAUUGCUAGUUUUUAAGCCUUAGCCUCGCCGUGUGUGUUAGAUUGUUAUACUGUACCCCCAGCUUCUCCCCAUCUCUCUGCUAGAUCUCUUCUCAUUGCUGGUCACAACAACCUGCCUCUAUCUCCAAUUGCUUGCCGUGUCUUUUGUAAUACAACUUAAUUUCCCUUCGCUCUUGUUUAAAAAAAACAAAAAACAAAAAGCCAACAACAACAGCAGAAAAAAGCUGCUGUUGCGUACUAACCGCUGCUGUUGGCUUGUUUAACUACACUGCAUCCGAUUCCUCCGUUAAACAUCUGGAUUGAGUUGCACCUGCUCUUUUAUAAAUCUUUCACUUAGUUUCACUAAGCACAAGCCUCUGCGCCUUCUCAGUAACCACUGGCUAGUUUCAAACGUGGGAUUUGCGAGCUCAAGUUGCACCAUCUGACCUUCAGAAACGUCUUGGCUAGUUAGGACUUAGGUAAUUUAUAAAUCAGGUUUGUCUGUAAUCUGCAGUGGCGUCCAAUCAAAAGCAACUUGAAGAUGCAGGUAUGAGUGAGCUUUAUUCGUAUAUGAUUAAAUGGAGAAAUUGGAGAGGGUAAUAAUUAUUAUUAUUCAUGUAGGUAAAAGCCUCUCGUUUUUCUUCUAAGAAAAAACGAGCUUCUUACUCUGAGUAAUCAGAUAUCCAUGAAUACAUAGAAGUUUCACACCUUUUGGGUAUUUCCCAUUAGAUAUUUUAUUU